AUGCCGUCCUUCGAACUAGGCCAGUCUAUACCUCCUGACACUGCCCAUGCAGUCAGCGUUCACCUACCAACCUGGGAGGCGAAUGUAGGUUAUGAAGAGGGCCAGCCAUGGGUCGUGAACAAAAUGACAACUGGAUAUCCAAGAUUUUUCGUUCACAAGAGCAUAGUGGCACUGGCAGAGGAGCUGGUGUCACAGUAUGGCCGAACUGGUCAGCAGGCUAUGCUGUUCCCUACUCCCCGCAUUGCUAGACGGUGCCUAGCCUUUGUCAAGAAGAAUUCAGAUCCAUCCGCCUCUUCCGACGCCACCGUCAUUGACUUUGGACUGAAUGAGUCCAGAGACAUUUCGCCCCUGUUGCGCUCCUUGUCGCCGACUGUUUCUGCCGUCUUUUAUUCUCAGGAUGCAUUCCCUGUCACCAAGCAGUACUGGCAACACACCGGAGAUGGCGUGUCAAGUCGCCGAGCCGAGUUUUGCCACGACCUGCUCAGGGAAGGUCUUCUAACCGCCAUCGAGAGACCUUCGUCUCCGGUUGGCAAGGCGUGCCGUGGCCCCAGAAGAUAUCAUCGCCCGUCGUCCAUCGACGAUACGAAACAUCCUGCCCCGAAACCAACUACUUCAGGUGCGCCCGAGGCACAGGAGAGUCUACGUUUUUUGGAAGAGCGUUUCGGACGCAACCUUGACCUCUCCCUCGUCGAGCGUGCAAAGUCUGCCAUCAAGCGCAGAAUUGCUGGCGCCGUGGCCGCUGAUAUGGAAGCCAGCAUCACUUCGUUGCCUCCCAUGGGGAAGAACACUAGAGGCCAGGAAGACCUCCAGGAAGGCGACGUGCACUUGUUUCCCUGUGGCAUGAAUGCCAUCUUCAACGCUCACCGGGCUAUGACGCGUGCCAGGGGUAACAUGAAGUCCAUCAACUUCGGCUUUCCUUACGUGGACACCCUGAAAAUCCUGCAAAAAUUCGGCCCUGGCUGCGUAUUCUACGGUCAUGCCUCGGAGGAAGAUCUAGAUGAUCUCGAGAAGCGCCUAGGAGAUGGAGAACGAUUUUUGGCGCUCUUCUGCGAGUUUCCCGGGAACCCUCUUCUGACCUGCCCUAAUCUGUCCCGGAUCCGAAGUCUUGCGGACAAAUACGAUUUCGGUGUUGUCGUGGACGAGACCAUCGGCAGCUUUGUCAACGUGGAUGUUUUACAGUACGCCGACAUCGUCGUGAGCAGUCUAACCAAGAUUUUUUCAGGCGAUUGCAACGUCAUGGGUGGUAGUGCCAUCUUGAAUCCUGGUGGCAGAUACUACCAGGCUCUGAAGACUGCCUGGGCUGAAGACUUGGAAGAUACGUAUUGGCCCGAAGACGUUGUCUUUAUGGAGCGGAACAGCAGAGACUUCGCGUCUCGCGUCGAGCGCAUAAACACGAACUCAGAAGCCAUCUGCGACAUCCUCUCAGCCCACCCGCUAGUCAAACGUGUCUAUUACCCCAAGGUGAACCCGACAAGACCCAAUUACGACCUGUGCAAGCUACCCGGGGGGGGUUACGGGGGGCUUCUGUCCGUAACGUUCAAGCAGAAAGAGAAUGCUAUGACCUUCUUCGACUCGCUUGAGACGGCAAAGGGACCAAGCCUAGGAACCAACUUCACCCUGACGUCGCCCUACGUGCUUCUGGCGCACUACCAGGAGCUGGACUGGGCGGCCGGUCUGGGCGUUGACCCAGACCUGAUCCGCGUGAGCGUCGGCCUGGAGGAAACAGACGAGUUGAAGCACAUUUUCGCGCUUGCCCUCAAGGCAGCAGAAGAACAGAAGGUUGCCUGA